UUGAUUUGUUAUAAAAUUUGUAAAAUUUUAUUUAGAAUAGAAGAAGGAAUCGAUUAAACAGUUUGGAUGAAAAGUUAAUACGAUGCGGACGGAUGGUGUGUACGGAGCAAGGUGCAGGAGCAUCAUUGAGGAGAUAGGUGCCAGGAGAUGAGGCCGUUAGUGUCCGUGCUGUUGCUUUGCUUCCUGGUACCACUACCAAUUAAGACAUCAGCGGAGAAGGACGCAUUGCAAACUGCCGGAUACAUACAUACUCAAGAUGCUGAAGAUAAUGGCGAUGAUAUGUCCGAUACCGAAGAUGACGACUAUAAUGAAUUCAAUAGUACAGAGAUGCGUGGAAUGUUUCUUGGUUCACCGUGUGACGACACUUGUAAUCCAAAUUUACAUCAUACCUACUGUGAUCAAUCUACAGGAACGUGUGAAUGCGAUAAAAAAUACCCUGUUAAAUUGGGCCCAACAAAAGGCUGUGCAAAACCUAAGAAACUCGGCGAACAAUGUUAUUAUACCCACACCUGUAAAUAUAUGGACCAACAUUCGUCCUGUAUACAAGUUAAUCAUAACGCAGUUUGCCAAUGUAUGGCAGGAUAUCAUUUGGUCACAUUACAAAAACCAACUAAACGAAUUUUUUGUGCAGAGGAUUUGGUACUCUUGACAACUAAUUUGUCAACAUUAGCUGGUGUAUUCACUGGAAUUGCUGUGUUAGCUGGUUUAAUAUGUUUUGUAUUACGCCUUUUUAGCCAAAAUCAUUAUGAACGGCCUAGAAAUUUUGCUAAUGCUAAUAUGCCACCUCCUAUGUUAUAUGCAAGUAGCGAUACAGGAAUACAACAUUCAGCAAAUCGGUCUGGUAAUCGAUCAACAUCUCGUUCAAGUCAACGAAGUGGUGGCACGAUGAUAUCUGGUUAUUCACGACGACCAAGUAGUGCUCAAGGUGUUGGUUCGGAUGGUAUGAUACGUGGUAGUCGUGGUGUAUUGGUGCCUUCAUCAAGAGCAGGUUCACGUCGGCCGAGUUUAGCAUCAGUGCAUAGUACCGGCUCAUUACGAAGUUUUGGUGGACGUAUGUUAGAACGCGAACGUGAACAGCGGGAACAACGUCAAGAAAUUCAAGCACGUUUAGCACGUAUGGCGUCGUUGCCGAAUUCAUUGCCAAAAGUUUCGACGGUGCCGACACCUAGUCCAUUAUCUACAGAUGAAUUGUUACCGUCUGUAUGCGAACUGAGAGAGGUAAACCUAAGCGAAUUAAACGUAAGAGCAGCCUUACACGGUGAAAUUGGACCAUGUUCGUCAAAGGACUGUCAAUAA